AUGCCAGUAAUCAGGUCGUGCUGCACUAUAGCUGUUCUCCAGUCACGAGUUCUCGAGGGUGAUAUUAUGCACAAGAGCUACCAGGACCAGUUGCUUUGUGAGAUGAUCUUUUGCGAUCGAUCAUCAGGAGCGCUCCGACUCUUCAAUCCACACCGCCUGGACCCCCCACUACGGGCAGUAAGCAAGGAACGUGACCUGGCCGUCAAUCGAGAUGAACACUCCCUGCAUCAACACUGUCCGCUUCUUGCGUUCUCUCUCUCUCUCUCUUUUUGUCCAACUUGA